AUGAAAGACUCCUCCACAAUCACACGCCCACACCGAACCAAUCCGCUCGCCACUCAUCCAAUGCCCUUCAUCAAAGCGUGUAUCAAGUACAAUCGAAAAGAAGAAAGCAAAAAGUAUUUUGCAAAGGUGCAUGGAUAUCAAGAACUUGUGGCUGCUAAUAUGGCAAUGGGUGAGCUUUUACUUACUGAGUAUUUCGUUUCUGGGUGUAAUUUUGUGGCCGCAGCGAAAAUGGCGUUUGAUCGACGCGACCGGGAAACGUUACAGCUGGUGUUCAUGAAGUCACACUCGGACAAAGAUGCCUACGCUAAAGUGGGACAAUUGGUGAAGUCGUUCUAG